AUGUUUUCAGGCGACAGCGAACCCUCUUCCGAGUCGGAGGCUGCAGCGGAACUGCUGGAGUCUGUGCUGGGCAUAGGUGAUAGCCAAAAGGAGAGCAUGGUGCAUGAAAGCUCUGACUCGGGGGAUCAUAGGAGCUCUGCAGCGCCCAGAUCUUCUAAUCCUGAAGGUUCUAGCAAGAAAGGGGAAAAAAGGGAGACAACGCAAUGCACGAGUCCCAAACACACCGACAGAGAAGGAUACCUUCACCCAGAGCCUCACGAAGGGCUGAAGCUUGAACUAAAGGGUUUACCUCUACAAAUUGGACCACCUUCCAGUCUACGCAAACACCCAGACGAUAUAGUGCGACUGCAGCCGCACCAGAGAUUGCUGCGAUUGUGUAUAGAUGGGGAUCCUGAUGCGGACCCAGCCGAGCUGCUUUCAGCCUAUCUGGCCUCUCUGGGGAGCAACCCGUUACAGGCGUCGACUGUUCUCCAAGACAGAUAUGUGCAGGUUGGAGGCAUGUGGUACCUGGUGCAAAGAGAUGCUUCUCGGGGGGAGAUUGUGUUAGGACCAACGCCGUCAGAUAUUCAAUUGCUAACUGCAGAACGACAUUUAGGGCAACUCCGUUUCUCCCGUUGCGAAGCGCCAGAAAAUCAUCUGGCUGAGGAAGUUGAAGAGGAAGAGGAUACCACGUGGGAAGCACUCCCGUCUUUUGCGCGAUUUCACAAAAUUGAGCAAUACGGAACAAAUGUGAAGCCCAAAAAGCCCAAAAGCCGCAGAGCCCGAGGCUAA